UUGAAAUUUUCCUUGUUCAACGAAUCGUGUCUGAGCCGUGAAUUCUCUGCAGGAAAAUGGAUGACAUUGUUAGGCUGAAUGUAGGCGGCUGCCUGUACAGAACGUGGCGGUCGACACUGACUCGCUACCCGGACUCCAAGCUGGCUGCCAUGUUCAGUGGUGAACCUGACCCGUCUGUACUUCGUGACGCCGGCGGGGCCUUUUUUAUGGACAGGGACGGACCCAUCUUCCGCCAUGUCCUCGGCUUCCUCCACAGGGGCAGGCUGAUUCUACCUAAGGGCUUUACGGAGUGGGACCUACUGGCUGCAGAGGCCAAGUAUUACAAAAUCCGUGCUUUGAAUACGGCAAUACACUAUGAAACUUCUUAUGAAGACGAGUAUGAAUUCAUAUGGCUAACUGCAUGUGCAAACGUGAGCUACUCGUACCGUGGCAUCCUUGCCCUCUAUCGUUUAGAGCCACUUCAUGAGUUCUUCUCCGCAUAUUGCAAUCAACAAGCUGGUUGGGAAAUCGUCUAUGAAUAUACACUCAACCUUCCACCCGGUAUCGAAACCAAUGUUCACGAGGAUUUUGAAAGACGUAAGGUGGAGAUAUUCAAGGAUAUUCUUAGACAUGGAUACAGAUUGAGAGAACGGUCCUACACGUUGAAUCCUGCCGGGGUUAAGGAAUUUAAAUGGAAAUUUGCAGAGCCCAUUAGUCGCCGUUAGAAAUGUAUCAAAUAUCUGAUAUAAUGAGAAUUGCGAACAGAGAACUGAGAACAGCAAAGUUCGGUGCUGCACUAGUCUUGUGAUAGCAGAGGACUGUAAACUUUCUGUCUACAUGACGUCGUAUUUUUCUAAUGAAUAUGCAAAUAAGCAUCAACACAACACCUGAAGUCUCUGGGACCAAUUACAAAAAUAAACAAAGAUUAAAUUAAAUGGAACAAAAACUACAAUGUUACGGUUUUACAAUAAAUGCAGGAGUUCGUUCUUUUAUACGAAAAGCUGUUUCUAACGAAACGAAUAUUCAUUCACAUUACUGUUCAAGGGGAUAAGGACUUUGAUCAACAUUGUAUUUUAUUCUUCCAACUAAAGAAAUGGCAAUCGAUUUUUUUUGUUUUAGUUUAGAUCAUUCAAUUUAUGACUGAUUUGCGAUGAAAUGUUGACUCAACCAUGAUCACAUCUAUAAACAUUUACUUCAAAAUAACAAAUUUAAUUUAUUAAUAAAUAUCGAAAUGAAUUUGCUAAAGUGAAGGAGCAGUUUGAUUGUUUGAAGCAAGUUAAACAGUCGUGCACCAAUCUGUGUAAAGUAAGUACAAAUUAAUAUUACAUGCCUGUAUUUCUACUAAAACAAAUCGCAACGUGCAUGUAUGCCCGUGGGUUUUACUCCAGGGCCUGAAAAUUGACAUGACUUUUUGUACAAAAGAAGAUCAGCAUACACAAAACGAU